AUGUGGGAAUUCACCUCUGGACAAAAACCAUUCGCUAAUCAACCAUAUGAUAUACAUUUAAUAAUGAAAAUUUGUGAUGGAUAUCGACCAGAUAUUACUGAAGAUACACCUAAAUGUUUUAAAGAAUUAAUGGUCCAAUGUUGGGAUAAUAAUUCAACUAAACGACCAACUAUUAAGGAAAUAUACCAAACUUUAUGCGACUGGAAAAACUCGGAAAAUAUGCAAUUUGAAGAAGCAGAAUCAAUUAGGAAGAAAAUUAUUAAAUCUUAUAAAGAUAAAAAAGCCGACAUGAAUUCUAUACAUUCAGAAGCUAUAUAUACAAGUCGUCCUUUAAAUAAUAUGAUUCAAGAAUCUAUUUCAUAUCAUUGUUCUAAACAAUCCAAAUUCGAUAUCAUGGCAGAUUUGUAG